GUUGAGUAUCAUGGUGAUAGAGUUGCAAUACGUACAAAUAAUGGAAAGUAUAUAAGUAUAGAUGGAGAGAAGGUAUAUGUAUCACCAGAGUUCCAUCAAGAACAUUCAUUGUUCAAUAUAGAGAAACAUGGUCAUAAUGUCUGUAUAAGAGGCAUACACGAUAACUACUUGGGAUUGGACACUGAUGGUCGUGUACGAGCACAUCAUCAUGUAACAGAUCACGAGAUGUUUGAAGAACAUGUAGUA